AUGCUUCGACGAAUCGCAUCUACAGCGCCGAGGCGGAUCAUAACAGCUCGAACUUCACAAUCAGUCCAGCAUGGCCGAAAUCUUUCGAUAUCUCCUGCAAGAAUGGACGCUUUGAAACCCCUUACCCACCCAGUCUCGACAGCGCUGGCCUCAGACUCGUUCCAAUUGCUCCCCGAGUCGCAGAAGCCUGGCUCGGCGGAAGAUGCCCUUUAUGAACAACAGAUAGAAGAUGUUACAGCCUGGUGGGCGAGUCCGAGAUAUGAAGGUAUCAAGAGACCAUAUUCCGCGGCAGAUGUUGUGUCAAAACGGGGGAGUCAGAUGCAGUCAUAUCCUAGUUCCGUUAUGGCGAGAAAGUUAUUCAAUCUCAUUAAAGAGAGAGAGGCAAAGGGGGAGCCAAUACAUACAAUGGGUGCAAUCGACCCCAUCCAAAUGACACAGCAAGCGCCAAACCAGGAAGUCCUCUACAUAUCAGGAUGGGCAUGUUCCUCGGUUCUUACCACUACAAACGAAGUGUCUCCAGAUUUCGGCGACUAUCCCUAUAAUACCGUACCGAACCAAGUUCAGAGGCUCUCCAAAGCGCAAUCUAUGCACGAUAGGAAACAAUGGGAUGCGAGGAGGAAGCUGAGUCCUGAGAAGCGGGCGCAAACACCGUACACAGACUAUCUCAGACCCAUUAUCGCAGAUGGAGACACUGGCCAUGGAGGUCUCUCAGCAGUUUUGAAACUUGCUAAGCUCUUCGCUGAGAACGGGGCUGCUGCUGUACAUUUCGAGGAUCAAAUGCAUGGGGGUAAGAAGUGCGGUCAUCUUGCUGGCAAGGUAUUAGUACCAGUCGGAGAGCAUAUCAACCGACUGGUAGCAGCGAGGUUUCAAUGGGAUGUUAUGGGCUCAGAAAAUCUUGUGAUCGCGCGAACAGACUCAGAAAGUGGGAAAUUACUCAGCAGCGCAAUCGAUGUUAGAGACCAUGAGUUCAUUUUAGGUGUGGCGGAAGAUGGAAUCGAACCCCUUGCCGAGACAAUUCAGGCCAUGGAGCUCAAAGGAGCAACUGGGGCGGAGAUUGACAAAUUUGAGGCGGAUUGGGUGAAAAACACAAAGCUCAUGUCUUGUGAUGAGGCUGUUGUCAGCCAACUACAGGCACAUGGAGCCUCGCAAGUCGAUGUCGACUCCUACACUAAACAGACAACGGAGAACAGAGAUAUGUCGAUCUCAAAGCGCCUACAUCUCGCAUCUACCUUUACAUCAAAACCUAUACACUUCAGCAUCGAUAUCCCUCGAACGCGAGAGGGCUUUUAUCACUAUAGAGCAGGCAUGAAAGCAGCUACGAAGCGAGCCAUCGAAUAUGCCCCAUACGCCGACCUUCUCUGGGUCGAGACGGGAGAUCCAAACGUCAAAAAUGCAGCCGAGUUCGCAGGCGAAAUUCGUGCCGUUCAUCCCCACAAAGGCUUGGUGUAUAACCUAUCACCAUCUUUCAAUUGGAUGGCUUACGGAUUUACGCCCGAAACUCUGAAAUCUUUCAUAUGGGAUAUCGCGAAGCAUGGAUUUGUGCUACAACUCAUAUCUUUGGCAGGUCUUCACAGCACGGCCACGAUCUCACACGAGUUGAGUAAAGCUUUUAAGGAGGACGGUAUGUUGGCUUAUGUUGACAUGAUUCAAAGAAGGGAAAAAGAAUUAGGUGUCGAUGUGUUGACGCAUCAGAAAUGGAGCGGCUCUAACUAUAUUGAUGGAAUUUUGGGAGCGAUACAGAGUGGUAGCUCUAGUAGUAAGAGUAUGGGUGAUGGCAAUACUGAAGGUGGAUUCUAG